GUGGGGUGAAUGCCAGUGCUGUCAUCCACGACGGACUCGUGACUCCUGCCCGCACCACAUGCUCCGGCGACCACGUCUCUUCACAUUGACUGAAAGAGUGACGGUCUGACUCAUUCAGACCCAGAUUACGUCAAAACAUUGAAAAGACCCCCCCCCCAACCCCACUCCCUCCCCUCCCCAAACCUUUCCAUGGAAAGAAAGUUUGUGUUUCAGCUCUGACUAUAUUCCUGAAGCAGUCUACCGUACUGUCCCGCCUUUCUCUGUCUCUGCCUCUUGUCUUUUUGCGCGCCAAAGUGACGCAGAUGCCCAAAGCGCCAGAUUUCGAUGCAAAGUAGAUCAGAUCGAGAUUGAUCGGCGCUUUGGGAAAGGAAAAGGAAACCCUGGAGCCUUUUCCCGAGGAAUAUCUGACGGAGUGUGAGCAAGCCUCAACCAGUGAGCUCCCUUCCUCCUCCUCCCCUUCCCCCUCCCCCAAUCUUGUUAGUUGGUGUCUGGGAGAAGCAGCACCGUCCCGCGCUGUGUGUGAGAGAGAGGUUCAGCACCAGGUCUCAGACAGUUUCCUCCUUACAGGAGCUUGUGCGAGGGAGAGGUUCAGCACUACCUCCCGGACAGCUCCCUCCACACUGGAACUCGUGUGCGGACACGAGAGAUUCAGCACUACAUCCCGGACAGCUCCCUCCCUACAGGUGCUGGCGUGAGCCGGAGAGAUUCAGCACUAGGUCCGGGUCAGCUCCUUUCCGAGAGGUUCUGCACCAGGUCCAGGACUGCUCCCUCCUGCUUGGACGUGGCUCUGAGCUCCGGAUGAGAAGCGCCGCCACGUCUCCAGCAGCUCCAUCCUCUCGAAUCAACCCAGCGUGGAAAUGGCAUCUCUCGGGUUCUUCUCGAACGAGUCGGCACAGCGGUCCGGCGCCGGAGACAAUUCGACUGCAGCCCCAGCCUGGUGUCAGAUAGCUCAGAAGUUCACUGGCGGUAUCGGAACUAAGCUCUGUGCAUUCUUAUAUGGCGAUGGGCAGAGGCCCACAGAAAAUGUUGUAAAGGAGGAAACAACAUCCCUGGCAACCAAUCGAUCCUGUCCCUGCAGCAAAACACCAUGCGCUUGUCAGAAAGUUCAAACCAACUUUUCCGUCCUGCAUGCAACAGACCUCCUGCCAGCAUGCGAUGGGGAAGGAGUAACUUUCACUUUCUUGGAACAAGUUUUGGACAUUCUACUUGAUUACAUUUUGAAAACAUUUGAUAGAUCUACAAAAGUUAUAGAUUUCCACUACCCCGAUGAACUCCUUGAGGGAUUUAACUGGAUGCUGGAUGAACAGCCGAAUACUUUGGAAGACAUUCUGGUGACGUGCAGAACAACACUUAAAUAUGCUGUGAAAACAGGUCAUCCUAGAUAUUUCAACCAGCUUUCAACUGGGUUGGAUAUGGUUGGCCUGGCUGCUGAUUGGCUUACCUCUACUGCUAAUACUAACAUGUUUACUUAUGAGAUCGCACCAGUGUUUGUCCUGUUGGAAUACAUCACCCUGAAGAAAAUGAGGGAAAUGAUUGGCUGGCCAGGAGGAUGUGGAGAUGGAAUCUUCUCACCUGGUGGAGCCAUAUCAAACAUGUAUGCCUUGUUAAUUGCACGUUACAAGCUGUUUCCUGAAGUUAAAGAAAAGGGAAUGGCUGCCAUUCCGAAGCUGAUUGCCUUCACAUCGGAACACAGUCAUUUUUCAAUAAAGAAAGCAGCAGCAGCUCUGGGGAUCGGGACAGAUGGAGUGGUUUUGAUCAAGUGCGAUGUAAGGGGAAGAAUCAUCCCAUCAGACCUUGAGAGAAGAAUACUUGAAGCUAAGGAAAAGGGCUUUGUGCCAUUCUUUGUGAAUGCUACAGCUGGGACGACAGUAUAUGGUGCCUUUGAUCCUCUUGUAGCUAUUGCUGAUAUAUGUAACAAGUACAAGAUCUGGAUGCACGUUGAUGCAGCCUGGGGCGGUGGUCUCCUGAUGUCGAGAAAACAUCGCUGGAAGCUGAAUGGAGCGGACAGGGGCAAUUCUGUCACAUGGAAUCCGCACAAAAUGAUGGGAGUUCCACUUCAAUGUUCUGCUUUACUUGUCAGGGAGGAGGGGCUGCUGCAGAAUUGUAAUCAGAUGAAUGCCUGCUACCUUUUCCAACCUGACAAACAAUAUGAUUUGUCCUAUGACACUGGAGAUAAGGCACUACAGUGUGGACGACAUGUCGAUAUUUUUAAAUUGUGGCUAAUGUGGAGAGCUAAGGGUACUAUGGGAUUUGAGGCACAGAUUGACAAGUGUUUGGAGCUUUCAGAUUACUUGUAUAAUAAAAUAAGGAACAGAGAAGGAUUCGAAAUGGUGCUUGAUGGGAGACCACAGCAUACCAACGUCUGCUUCUGGUACCUGCCUCACAGUAUUCGUCAUUUACCAGAUAAUGAAGAACGAAGGAGUUUGCUCAUGAAAGUGGCUCCACAGAUUAAAACUAGAAUGAUGUCAUUUGGAACUACAAUGGUAAGUUAUCAGCCACAAGGUGACAAAGUUAAUUUCUUCCGCAUGGUCAUCUCAAACCCAGCAGCUACACAAGAAGACAUUGAUUUCCUCAUUGAGGAAAUAGAGCGACUUGGACAGGACCUGUGACUGCAAGGUUCAAGACGUCUGCCCCAAUACAAUGGAGAUGUUGCUAUUGUGUGAAUGUAUUUCAUUGUUUACCUCCCCCAAACUAUCUGGUAUGACAUUCGCCCUAUGUACAGGGACUGGAGCUGAAGACUCCCUAUGUGAAAUCAUGGCGAUUAGAAGUUAUUUAAUGCAAUUAUACAUUUUCUGAAGUUUUAAAAGGUAUGAGUCAUUGACAGCGUGUCGCACUUGAGACAAAUUAUCCUGAGGCAUUAAGUGCUGAAAUGAUAUAUUAACAGUAAAUAGAGCAUUUUAGAACCCAUUUAGAUAUUUUGUUAUGGUUCUCUGGCAGCCCCACUCCAAGCAGAUGUUACACAUCAAAAACUCACAGCAUUUUUGUUAUUGCUUAUGAAGGCCUUUAUCAGCAAAGCUUUUUUUAGGCUCCAAAAAGUGCAGAUUUUUGCAGUUUUCUUUGCCCUAUGAAAUAGUCAAUAAUGGAGAUUUAAUUCAUUAAUUUACUCUCUUCAACUAAAUGUGAUAAAAAUUGUUUAAAAGAUCUGUGCUUCAGGUUUGUGAAAUCAUUAUUAUUUUGUCUCUGCUUUAAAGUGUCAAAUUCAGAUAAUCUAUAUUUAUUUUGAUAGAGAAGGAAAAAAAUGUUUUCAUAAUUUUAGUUGCCAUACUUGAAAUUGAAAGUUAGUGUUUGAAAUCUUCAGACCAGGAGUUUACACACACAAUGUAUACCAGUGAUGUUGCUCUUCAUGCUAUAAAGAAAUGGCAAUUGAGAACUCUGUUGACAACUGGAUAGUGUUCAGUGUCUGUGAAAGUGUUUCCUUUGUAGAACUUGAGUAAUGUCUAGUUCACCUCAGAUUGAGGCUGUGCACUUUAGAAUCAAACUGUACUGUGUUGAAUGAUAGUGUUUUAAUGUACUGUAGUAUAUUGUUACCGCACUUGGUAUAUUUAGAUUUGGUAACAGGAAGUUUGAAUUAGAACUCCAACUUGGUUCUCUACACCCAACAUGCUCAAAUUUGCAUUAAAUCUUAUAAGCUAGUAUUUAAGUUUUGUCAAUGAGGAGGUCUUGCCUCCAGCACCAACACAAAAUUUGCUAUUUAACUAAUCGGUCAAAGCAUACUGAUAUAACAGACUUGUGAAUAUAAAAAGGGUAUUCUCACGCGAGUUGGAUUUCACUCAUGCAAUCAAUGUGAAGGCACAUUAUUUUUAAAAAUCACUGAUGGGCCCAUCUGACUCCAUUCAGGUCUCUCCUGAUAAUAUAAUCAAAUUGUCCUUGAAUUUGAUAGAUGGAGUCUUUUACAGUACUAUGUUAAACAUGACAGAGGAAGACUUAGCAAGGAUACCAAGACAUUCAUUUUUAUACAAGAAUGAUCAGCAUUUGAAACAAUUUCCUUAACAGAAGCAAGGACUGUAAAGUUAUUUAAGAGCUACUUGAAUGUUCAGUGGAAGGAAUUUACAUUAGUUCAGAUGGAUAAACCAAAGUGGUUUAGAUGUCCUCCCUUAACUAAAUAUAUCUUACAUUUUUAUAGUAUAUAGAGUUCAUCCAAGGAUAACAAUCUGUGGUGAUCAACAGUGUAAGUUAGUUUAUCUAUCUGAAUUUCCCAGUCAGAAACAACAGUUGUUACUACCAUCUCCAAGUAAAUACAAGAUACUAAUUUAUCUUGCUAUUUUUAUUAAAAGGGUAUUAUAAUAUAGUAGAUGUGCCCAUCAAACCUGUAGAUCUGAGAGAGAGAGAGAGAUCUCCAAGUUCUUACUUGCUCCUGCAUCUAAUGUCCUUUAGAGAAGGAAAUCUGCCAUCCUUACCUGGUCUGGCCUACACAUGAUUCCAGACUCACAGCAA